GAAUGUCGUCGUGGGCAUAGCAGUGGACAUCGACGCUGGAAAAAUUUGGUUCGCCAGUGAUGGGGACUGGGACGAGGAGGCUGCACCGAGUUUCGGGCCGAACCUGCUGCCGAAAGGCUCCAAUCUCUACCCCGCCCUCUCCUUCAAGGGCCGGGCACAGUUCAACUUUGGGCCGGACUUCAAGCACGCCCCCCCCUCCUUCAAGGGCAAGGCCUUCGCGCACUGGCCAGGGAUGCCUGACGGCAUCAUCCGUGCGGACUGCCCCAUCAUCGGCAACUCCAACAACGUCAACAUCUACAAAGAGAUCCAGCUCCAUGGGGAGGUGAACCUGAAACGCAACGUGCAGCGGCUCGUGGCCAACCGGAAGCACCUGGAGGUGUCCAAGAGUGACCGGUCGUGGGCCGUCCGUGUGGACGGCAUGGACGAUGCAGAUGGCAGCUACUCGCGAAGUGGAGCACGACAUGGCAAAGCCAUGUACAAGCAACAAGGGGGACGCUUCGAAAUUUCGUUCGACGCCACUUCUGGAAAGUGGAGGCUCACUGCGGAUGCUAGCCAGGAGGACAAGUGGAUCGCACAAGCGUCUGGAGACGAUUCUUUCGAGCCUCCUCGCUACGGCUGGCUCGUCCCGCGAGAGCGACAGGGGCGUGUGCCUGUGAAGCUCUUCCGCUCUGUCAUGGCCAAGCUGGGCCUCAGCAAUGACAAGCAGGACGAGCUGGUAAAGUCCCUGGCCGAAAAGGCGAGCGACGCGGAGGAGGAGGAGGUUUUCCGCGUCGGCGAGAGCACGACUUUCUUGGACGAGUGGACAAAGCUCCAGACCGCGAACCAAGUCCAAGUCACGUCCGAGGAAGCCUGGGCCGCAUGCCUAGAGGCGGCCCAUGACGAGGUGCUCGCACGAUUGUCGCUGCAGCACGUCGUUGUCGUGGAGACGCCGACGCAUCCGUAUCCCGCCCGUUCGCAUUCCUGGACGCAGGACGUGCACAUCGCCUCGGCCAGCAAACUGCGCGUCAAUUUUAGCAGCCGUUGCCAAACAAACGACGACUGCGCGUCCCUGCAAGUCCUGGCAGGUGGGCUCAGCAAGAGCGCUGCCGGUGUAGGAGCGCGGGCUCAUCUGAAGGCGAUCACUGGCCCCGAUCAGGUGCAUGGCACGUUGGCAGGGCAAGCAGAGGGUGGGAAGUGGAUCGUCAACAUCGACAAGGACGAGUCUGAGAUUUGCGGCUGCUUCAGGGAGUGGCUGGACUCCAACCAAUCGCCCGGGCGAAGCUGCACGGCAGUGUGUGCCAUGGAGGCCAAGGUCGUGAAAAUCAAGUACAGCAGUAGCCAGAAGAUCGGAGAUGAGAUUGCGGGCUUCACUUUCAAUGAGGCAUCCCCGAUGACGCCCUUCAGCGUGGCAGGCUUCUCGAAGCCAGGCGGUCCUGCCCAGCUCAAGGGUGUCUUCGCGGGCUGGUUCGUGGAUGUCAUUGCGCUGAUCAAGCUGAAGAAGUUCAAGUCGCUGGAGGGCGAGGGCUUCGGUGAAGCCCCGAAGAACCUCGCAGAGAUCGCUGCGAACAUCGAAGGCUUCAAGAAGCGCAUGAACGCGCUGCUUGAACUCUCCGACAUAAACGUGACGUUCUACAACGGCCUUGACUUCCAGCUCCUUCCUGUCUGUGCUGCCGACUACAAGGAUGCGAGCAUCAGCGACGAGAUCAACAGUUUCAACUCGACCGGUGGCGUGCUCAAGAUUUCCGGAUUUUGCGACACUGGCGAGGGUCCUGCACAAAGUGCUGGGGUACGCUCUGGCUGGCAUGUCAGCCUGUACGAGACUUUCAACCUGGAGGAGAACAAGCAAGUGCUUGGGGAUCUCACGCCACAGCAGGCGUUGGAAGACCCGGAACUUCUGCGCCAGCUCUCUGGCAUCAAGCUGAUGUUAGAGCCGGCGAACGCCGAGCCCGAGGAACUGUUCACCGGAUACGGCGACGAUGACUGGACGCCAUUUAUCGUCCCGAUCAACAACGCGCAGUUCGUCUUUUCGACUGAUGGGGAUGGAAGCGAUGAUCCGGACAUGCGAUGGGGAGUGUUCGCAGUCGUGACUGAUGCUGACAAGCCGGAGCCAGCGGAAAGCAAAAUCGAGGAGCUCGUGGAAGCCUACACCAAGGCCUCGGCGCGGAUCAUCGGCAGCAACCUGGCGCAGGUCUCCAUCGAACCUGAGGACUGGGACGAGGAUCGGCUUAAGGCGCUGUGUGCGCGGCACGGCUGGGAGUUCGAGUGGAUGACGGAGGACGGCGAGAGGCGUCGCCGGAUUGAAGGCGCGGAGCGAGCAAGGCAAGCAGUGCCUGUGCCCGAGAAAGCGAAGGCCUCUGAGGUCGAGAAGGAAGCGCAAAAUCCAGCCACCUCCGCAGAUCAAAGCAUAGACGCCCGGCAACUGUUGAUGACCUCGCAAGCAGCUCAACACAAUGCAGAUGCAGACGUUUUCGUUUUGGUUCAUCACGUAAAGUUCGACAAUCCUCAAUUGCUCUCUUGUGAGGGAAGUUUCUCUGUGGGUCUUGGCCGAGGACAGCCGACGGCUUUCAUCUUCGGGGGCCUGCCCAAGCCCCAAGACCCGCCAACGAUGCAGAUGAAGGGACAAGAUCCAGAAGGGAAGAUGAAGGGGCAGGUUCACUGGCAGGACCAAGAGGGUUGCUACGCAGGCUGCGCUUCAGACAGCAUGGCCGGGGGUAAAGCUUACGGUGGGCUCGCCCCGCAGCAGCCUUUCAAGAAGAAGGACGAGGAAAUAGAGGUGCCAGAUGAGGACCAGCCAGCUCCUCGUCCGAUACGGUCCUCGCCAAACGCACCUUCUCCUCCUCCGCCGCCUCAGCGCAAGCACCCGCAGAAAGUUUGCGAUCCAUACGGACGCAUCAGAGGUGCCUUGCAGGGCAAGUUUUGCCAGGGGGCUGACUCCUGCGUGACCGCAUUGCCACUGGACUUCGGACAGCAGACGAAAGCGCCCUUCUGCCCUGGGGGAAACUGUUCAGCUCUAGCCGGGCACCCGUGGUGCGUGCCGACGAAGUAUCUGGAGCUCUACAAUGCUCCUAUUGAGAUCAACUGCAAGUCCUCCGGGCCGGGAACGCGGAAGGAUGGCCAUCCCAGUGGCUGCUUCUGGUUUGUGAAAGCCUUGCCCGGCGAGGACUUGCAGCGUCUCCCCGGCAUCGUGAUUGACAGAAACAACCCCGAGAAGGGCUCGCGAUGGCUGAAGCGGUAUGGCCGAGGGCUCACUUCCGACGAGGCCGAGCGUUGGGUGCAAAGAGGGUGGCUGGUGGAUCCGAAAAGCUAUCCGCCGGAUCCGAACGAUCCCAACGAUGCAGAUGAUCCCACCUCGAUGACGGUGGAGGAGCACGACGCCGACGUCGCGCGGCGACGUGCUGAAGAGAAGUCACAUCCGCCUGGAGCCGCUAGGCCUAUGCCACGGCGGACGCCUCCGGUUGAGAUGGGAGAACCACCGGCGAAGCCCGUGGACUUCUCAGCCAACACUGCGCCGACUAGAUCUGGCAUACCUCACCCGAAGCCCCGAAGGGGCAACAAGCCGAAUGACAACAAGCAGGACUCCUACGAAAACGUCGAGGAGGGAGGUGCUGGCAGGAUCGGGGACGAGGGCGAGGAGGAUGCAAUGCCGCUCUUGGCAGGUCUGUUGGGGCCACCACCACAUCGCCGGCCUGGACGUACUCCUGCACGCUGCCGACGUACCAAGAGAGACGCGAUUCUCGAGUUCUUGUCCACAUGA